GGUCUGGAGCGGGCUAGUAAGGUGGGGAAGAACACUAGCUUCAGGCAGUUUUCUUGUCUGGAGCCGGCUGUCUUGCUUGCCUGGAGGAUUGCGGCACUCAUAUUUCCUCUUCUGAUCCGGGAAGGAAAGCCAACACCGUUUUUCACUUUUGUACUAGCACUUCUGUUCUGUAUUUACAAUGGAUACUUGCAAGGCCGAAGCUUAAGCAACUAUGCAAAAUACCCUUCAACCUGGUUAAAAGAGCCUUUUUUUGUUAUAGGUUUUCUAGGGUGGUUGAUUGGCAUGGCAAUCAAUAUUCAUUCUGAUCAUAUUCUCAGAAAUUUGAGAAAACCAGGGGAAACUGGUUAUGCGAUACCAAGAGGAGGGAUGUUUGAAUAUGUCAGUGGAGCUAAUUUUUUUGGAGAGAUCGUGGAAUGGUUUGGAUUUGCCCUUGCCUGCUGCACCAUUCAAAGCCUUGCGUUUGCAUUGUGCACACUUUUCAUCUUGGGUUCACGGGCAAAACAACACCACCAAUGGUACCUUGAGAAAUUUGAAGACUACCCAAAGUCACGAAAAAUUGUGAUUCCAUUUGUGUAUUGAGCUGUGCUUUAAAUACGAACUGGUUCUGGUGGUAAUGGUGUUCUUGAAACGUCUACCUUCUGGAACAGCUAACGCUUUACAAGCGUUAGCCAGCUAAUAGUCUCUGAUGUUCGGUGUGACAAAGCCUUUGCAUCACUGGUGCUAUUAAUUACUGCUUUUCUUCUUAGAAAACCAAAAAAAGAAAAACCAAAAUCUUUUGGACACAGUGAUAGGAACAGAAAUGCUUUUCCAACUCUGGAGCACCAUUCUAAAUGCAUACUGUACCAUACUGUACAGGACUUCUGUUGUUUCCUUUUUCCGCCCAUACAGUCUUCUGUUAUUUUCAUCUGAUCUAGCCAUAUUGUCCUGAGGUCUGUGCCAUGAGCCCAGUCACCCUUAUAUAAUUUGGAUGGUGUUUUGCGUGCUGUUUUGCCUGCAUACACAAAUGAGGUUGAUUUGUUUUGCCUUCCUAAUCCCUCCUCCCUCCCCUCCGUGCUUCUGGGAGAAUCUAAUGCAAACAAGGAUAUUAGAUGAACAUUUAUGCUCUUAGGUGACACACUCUGUUAUUCCUCCUCUUUGUACACUUAGACGUAGACACUGCAUAGAUAACAAUGCCAUUUAUACAGACAGUCAUAGUGGUAUCUUCUCCGAAUAAGAGAGAAAGGUUUAGUCAUCUGCGUUUCAAAUUUGGUAACAAUUUCAGAUAAGAAUCAAAAUGUACUCUCUCACCCAGCACUUUGGCAGGACGUUCCUUAUUUGGGAUGCUUAGGCUGGUUUAGUACUGUUAACAAUUCUGUGUCACGUCUUCUAACUUUAUACAAAAUCUUAGGAUUUUUAUAGACCACUCUUACUAUGCUGCUUAAAAAAAAAAACUAGUCUCUUCCUUCUCUUGUUGAUAAAUGAUCUAGAUGGUUUUAUAUUCCAAAAACCUGGAAUCUUUUAGUAUUUGUUUCUUGCUUUAUUAAUGACAAUUCUCACACCCCCACUUUUUAUUCGAAAGACUCCAGAGGGGUGUCAAAAACAUGAUGGUAGCCCAAGUAUGCUGACUUUUGAGUUUUGGACACAUCUGUGUCCUUUGUAUGUUUGUGAUGUUAAAGAAAUCUUCCUGUAGAAGAAUUCUACAGGAAACUUUAAAAGAAAAAAAAAUGCUGCUAAUGUACUUUGGAAAUCUAUGAGAAUCAAGCUUAUGCUGAGUGUUUUCUGACGUAUUUACAUGGUGUAUGUUGGAUUGUGUUCUUCAAAACAAGCUGCUAACAGAAUUUUGCCAGAUGUUUACUUUUCCAGUGUGGUAUUGGAUUAAGCUUUGUCCAAAGCUCAGACUUCUGCCUCUGACACUGAUUGACACUGCUGUAAUAGUCAAAGUAACAUAUCUGAGGGAAGAGCUGAUUUUAAAAAAUAAAGUGCGUUCAGGAACUGGGCACUGAAGGACUUUGCUACCCAAGUUUCUACUUAACAAUUAUUUCUUCUUCCUGUCCUGCCUCCCUCCUGUCAUGUUUAUAUGGUAAUAACUGCUCUGAAAUCCUGGCUAUCAUUAAGGAUUUAUUCGGUGAUAUUUAAAAAAAAGGGCAGUAAAAUUUCUAUCAUUAACUCACAGAAGCGGUCAAGGGGAGAAAUGGAAAGAAACUGUCAGUCAUGCAGGGAUGAUUUAUCCUACUGCUGAGCUAUCAGCCUGCCAGUCGCACUUCAUAGUGAAGUUCCUGCUGCUGUUUAGUUGGGGAUGACUGACUGCGCUCCCAGCCACCAUUCAAGAAGUCCAGCUUAGGGAGAACCUAGGAAUACCCAUUCCUUUGAAGCCUGGUGUCAGUUGGUGCAUUACUUGAUUCUCAACUUGUGUGAUCUUUUCAGACUGUUGUGUUUACAGAUUUCCUUAAGUGUUUUACAGGGAGUUUGAGGCUUCCUCUGUUUUUAUCAUCACACUGUGAUUUAAUAUUUGAUCCUAGCUGUUUUAGUGAAACUCAGUCAUCAAGUUCCCUGGGGAAGGGAUGGUGAGGAGGAUGAUCUACCCCUUAGUAAUAAAAUGGAGCUCACAGAUAAUAAAGUUUAUUAGAAUCACUUAAAAUUCUCUUCAAAACAUUCUUUAGAAAACUAGUCUUGCAUAUACAGGUAUGUGGUACCUUACCACGUUAUUGUGGUGAUUUUUAAAUAUUGGUAUCUAAAUCAGCCAGCUGUCAAAGUCUAUAUUAGAGGAACAAAAUGCACAUUACAGGAUUUGAAGAGCAAUUCCAAUACCUAAUUUAGGUGUUUACAUACUUUAUUGUUAAUUAAUAAGCACAUAUCUUUAAUAUAUAUCUUUGGGGAUAAUUGUUAAAAAAGCACUAAAGGGACAAGCAACUGGUAAAAAAGAUCUGGCUGUGAAAUUUAAUCUCUAAUCCCCAUAUUAAUUAUUUUUGUUCUAUUGCACAGCCUUUUAUGAAAAGGCAAAGAUUCUUUUAGUAGUAAACAAUUGAGAGAAACUAUUUAGUAUCCAGUUCCUGAAAUAAGGAAAGACUUCCAGCUCCACAGACAGCAGUGCUUUGCUAAAAUUACCAAAUACAAAUGCCUAAUCUGACUAUUACAGCUGCUGUUUCCUACAAAAGAAGAAAAAAAAAAAGCAUACCUGAGAGUGAAUUGUUUAAUGCCCUUUUCAGUAUAGAAGUUGCAGCAAGUAAGGUACUGGAACAGCGCAUCAUCAGAAUACCACCCUAACUGCUAUUAUUGCUCUCUUACUGAAUCUUCUUGCUCGCCUUUCCUCUGCAAUAAUACAUAGUAAUGAGUUUUACUUCUUGAUAUGAAUGAAUACAAGAGGAAAAGAUGUUAUACAUGCACAUAUAUAAAUAUAUAUAUAUACAUGACAACAGCAACAUGCAACAAUUUUAUUUGUUCUUUUUGCAACAUCAAUUGCCAAAAAAUUCUGUAGGCAAUAUGUACUAGGAGUCAAAAAUUUGUAUGUAAACACAUUUUUAGCUUUUAUUGUGACAAACAGCUACAAGUAAUCUUGCAUGUUUAGUAACAUUAAUGAUACCUUGCCUGCAUAACUUCAUCCAAUAUAACAUGAAGUUGAAAUCCUUAAGAAUAAAAAUGCUCUCAUUUUUCCCAUUAUUAUUAUAUGGUACAUGUUUUGAACCAGAUACAUGCAAUUAUGUGUGUGGUUAUGGGAGGGGAAUUUUGUAAGAGGAAAAUAUAUACAUUUCCUAUGAUCUAAGAUAUCAUCUCCUGAUCUUUGAUCGGAGUAAUUCUGCUGAAUUAUUUUUAUCUCAGAAUGAUGUAAAAAUAUUUCCUUAAAUUCAGAGGAUGCGUAGCUGCCUUCAUUCAGCUGUGUGUAACUAUAUCGAAGUUUACAGAAAAUGUGUACUGAUGCCUCAAUUUUGCUGCUAAAUAUUUACCUUGAGUAAAAAGGUUAGCUAGUUUUGUCUGUGCAGUGUUAACUUCUGGGUCAUGUACAGCAGGAUGGAAUAUAUGCAAUACUCUGGGAGCUUAUCAAAGUUCUUUCUCUUUUACUUGUUACAGAAAAGGAAAAGCUGAGUUCUAUGGGAUGUGAAUGUCAGUGAAUUUAGAAAUUCUGGUUAAUUGGGAUUAUUUAAAAAUAACAGAAGGAAAUUGUUUGGUUUUAGUGAUUCUAUUUUAUAUUCUCAUUAUAUUAUGCUGCUGAAAUAUUCCAUAGUGAAAAUACAGAAUUUACUUGGGCAGUUCAUCCUUGCAUUUAAAGACCAAACUAUACUGGUGAAGAGCAUCAUAUAAUUAACUUGGUCAAAUCCUAUAUAUAGUUUUUGAACAAUAUCCCAUUUAUUUAUCAUUCUCUACUAGUCCCUCCCCCCCACCGCUGUUUCAGGAGUUUUGACAGAAUUUACCUGUCAGAAAACAUCUGAUAUUGCAAAAGUCAUUCUCUUAAAUACACCUAGCAUGAAAAUGAACUUUGUAUACUGCCCUUUCCAGAAGGAGAAAAUAUGUAUGCUUUCUAUUGAGUAGUAAUAGCUGUAGCUAUUUAAGGAAAUAUACCUCUUUUCAGAGCGUCUAUAUCUUUGCCAAAGAUCCCCUACUAAUAAAAGGUGUUUUGUGGUCUGU